AUGGUGAUCAAUGACCAAAACGUCAGGGAUACCGAGUCAGGACUCCUCUUUGGAGCAGGGAAAGUUGCUCUAGAAUCAGCGUUGCAAACCUGGUACCUGUUCAUUCCUUGCAACAGGUACCUAUCUACUAAGUGGCAUUUGCCAACUUUCCAAGAAAGUAUCGCUGGGCCUGGGAUGUCCUGUGCCUUUGAAUGGAGAUGAGAAAAGGAAAAGAAUAAUUUCCUUUUGAAAUUUUCUCACCGAGCCAUUAUCUCCGAAUUGAUCGGACAUAGCAGUGCGAGCGAGCACUGAGUGGUAUAAUCAUACCCCGCGAUUUCCUGAGUUACCGCAGGAGCGAUGAUUUCAAGCGUGCUGAUGGCUCUGUUCCCGCCACUGUUGGUCUGCUGGAUGGACAAGUUGUUGUUGGUCUCACUGCCCAGGAGCUGAAGCUGCUUGCCGGUGCGUCUCGCGAAGGUUCUGCACGCAAGGUGUCGCGCCGUGACCUGGCUUUUGCGCUUGCAGAGAAAGUGGUUGGUGGCACGACGGUAUCAGCCACCAUGAUGGCUGCGCACUGGGCCGGCAUUCACGUGUUUGUCACCGGCGGUAUUGGCGGCGUGCAUCGUGACGGCGAGAACAGCCUUGAUGUAAGUGCUGACCUAACAGAGUUAGGCAGGACACCUGUGGCUGUGGUGUGCGCUGGAUGCAAGUCUAUACUGGACAUAGGACGAACUCUGGAGUAUCUGGAAACCCAGGGAGUACCAACUAUCACACUAGGACAACAGAAGAACUUCCCGGCAUUUUUCGCACCCGACAGUGGAUUCGCGGCAAGUCACACAGUGUCCUCAGCGGAAGCCUGUGCCCAAAUCAUCGACUCUAGUCUGUCCCUUGGCUUGGAGAGCGGCAUAGUCAUAGGUGUUCCCAUACCCAGUGAGGAUGGCAAGGCAGUGGACAGUGCUAUACAGCAAGCACUACAAGAGGCAAAGGACUCUAACGUUGCUGGUCGUGAUGUCACACCGUUUGUGCUGCGGCGUGUCAAUGAACUGUCGACGGGGAAGUCCCUUGCUGCCAACAUUGAAUUGAUCAAGAACAACGCCAGCACGGGCAGCCUGAUUGCCGUGGAGCUCAGUAGACUGCGGGCCACUGGUAGCACCUGUGGCGGUGGCAGCACAGCUCCCAGCGGUGGUGCUGCUUCCCGAAGACAUCCAGUUGCAGGGACAGCAAAAUCGUACACCUUCCCAGCACCGUCUUCAGCAUCGCCAGCCGGCUCUGCGGAGCACAUGACGUUUGGUUCUCAAGCACCGAGUGUCCCUGGUCUCUUCAGCCAACGUGGCAUUGAUGGCGAAGCAGUGUCGUUUGGCAACGCUCCGCUGCCGGCCGAGUUUACAUCUAACUAUGCCGGUGGCACGGCUUCGUCUAUCGAUCAAGAGAUCACGGCGGAGUUUGAGGAACUUGUGCCGCGACACUAUCGUCAAGCUCCUCACAACACGGGGACUUCUCUCCCACCUAAUCAGCCAGCAAGACACUAUCAUACGUCAGCAACUCUCCGACACCCUGCGGCCAACGCCUCUACUGACGCGGAUGCUGAUCAGCAAUUACUGGAUGACAAACACUUCAGCGAGCGAUGUGACGACUACCGUCUUUCCUUCUCAGUCCCGUGUCCGGUUGUUGUUGGUGCUGCUGUCGUUGAUGUAGUGGCACGACCCACUGACUCUGACAUCAAACUGCGCUUGACGAACAACUGUCAGGUCUCCACCUGCUUUGGUGGAGUUGGUCGCAAUGUGUAUGAGGCAAUGUGUCGUUGCGGUCAGACACCGCUGUUCAUCUCGGCGGUAGGUGCUGACGAGUCUUCCGCCAGCCUGCUGCAACACAUCGACUCAUUUGUGGAGGACAACAGAUGGUCAACGGUUGGAAUACGUCCGUGUGCACAGCACUCCACUGCAACGUACAUGGCCGUGCUGCAGCAGAAUGGUGACUUGUUCACGGGUAUUGGCAGCUUUGACGUCAUGCAGAGAAUUUCACCCAGCUGGUUGGCAAGGUUUGAUCAGCAAAUCAGCACGGCUCCGAUAGUUGUGAUUGACUCGAACAUGACGGAGGAAGCCAUAGCGUGUGUGCUCACCAAGUGCAGAGCAGCCAAUGUUCCCGUGUGGUUUGAGCCUACUUGCACGGCCAAGGCAGCCAAAAUCUACGGUACUGAUGUGUAUGGGUCAGUGACGAUAGCCUCGCCUAAUUUGGCAGAACUGCAGUCAAUGGCUCGUGCUUGCGUGGAAGCGACGGGACUAUCGGUAGACAGAGAGACCAGUGUUGCCCUUGCUGUGGAUGUGUCUACAUUGACAUCACUUGAGGAGAGGAGUGCUGCCUGUCUGGAACUUGCCAGCAUUCUCUUAGCAUAUCAUGCGUGUUUGCUGGUCACGCUGGACAAGCACGGUGUUUUGCUAAUUCGACGCCUUCAUGAUACUGAUGAAGGUGAUAACAGCACAUCAUUAUGGGAUUGCCUCAAGUUCUAUGCACAGGAGAAAGCGAAUGACGAUCGCGACUGCGAUGUGGAAUCCCGUCCCUGGCGCAUGGGAUUCCAGCUCUACGGCUUGCCGGCAAAAGUUGAUGACAGCAACAUUGUGUCAGUGUCGGGUGCCGGAGAUAGCUUAGUUGGCGGGGUUCUGGCGGCAAUGCUUGGUGACAAGCAGCUGACGAUCACGGACAGCAUGAAGAUUGGACUGCAAGCUGCACGCACAUCUCUACCCGUUGCCGAGGCAAUCAACCCCAACCUCUCCAUGGCUGCACUACAGGCCAGUGAACAGGAGCGGUGUUGAAACGACACGCCGAUCACACUUGACCCGCUCGUCAUGUUGAUGGUGAGGGCAAGUCUGAGUGGCAAGUGCUGCAGUCUGUGUGCUGCUAGUUACGGUGGACAACACCUUGAGCAGUGAUAAUGACAGUCGUGCCAUGCAUUCGUAUGGCAUCCAUGCCCCUGACAGCCUCUAGAUACUGGAGCUCUGCUUAGCUCUGCACACAGCCAUCCCUGCUCAGCUUUGCACACAGUCAUCCCAGCUUAGUUCUGCACACAGCCAUCCCUGCUCAGCUUUGCUCGCAGCCAUCCCAGCUCAGCUCUGCACACGGCCAUCCCUGCUCAGGUUUGCACGCAGCCUUCCAGGGUUGUUGUAAUCGCCAUGUACCCGGCCGGUGGCUGUAUUGGCUACAUUCUCAAGCUGCCCAGCUUCCGCGGAGGCGCUUGGACACACGUCUGUGUACGUUUGUGCGUGUGUAUACGUGCGUGUUUGUGUGCGCGUGUGCAUGUGUGUGUAUGUGUAUGUCCGUGUGCGUGUACAUGUGACUUUUAACGUGGAACUGCGCGCUGAUCAUUGCCAACUGAUGCUGACUGCGGCAGCCACCAGAGCUCCAUCAUGAUUGCCAUGGCUCAGUGCAAGGCAUGAGAGCUCAAUUCUUGUUACGAGAGUUCAAGUCUUGUUACGAGAGCUCAAGUCUUGUUACGAGAGCUCAAGUCUUGUUACGAGAGCUCAAGUCUUGUUACGAGAGCUCAAGUCUUGUUACGAGAGCUCAAGUCUUGUUACGAGAGUUCAAGCAGACCUGCUUUGGGAAAGAGGCAGCAUUGCGCAAUGUUUUUGUUUUGUUUUUUUGCUGAAUUAUAAUUUCCUGUCCUAUUCUGGCUGGUGAUGGCUAGCCUAUUGCAAGUUUUCUGACGUCAUCGGCUGCUGGCAGCCGACUGUGAUUCUGUACCCGUCUUGAUCUAUUUUUGUAUCUGUACCAGUUGUCAUUUUCUUAACUCUCUCCAUCUUUUCAUAGGUCUCCUCUCUUUUUGGCACUAGUUACUAACAGUACGCUGAUUUUUCAUUGAGCCCGCUGUUUUGUUCUUCAGACCUGGAAGCUCCCCCCACCCAACACACACUACACACGAGUGUCUUCUCUCCGGCACAGCUUGCCCCGUACCGUACAUACGCUAUCUUCCUGUUGUUCUUCAUUGCCCCUGGUCCAACCUGGGCCAUGGUAACUCAGCGUAUUGCCCCUGGUCCAACCUGGACCAUGGUAACUCAGCGUACUGCCCCUGGUCCAACCUGGGCCAUGGUAACUCAGCGUAUUGCCCCUGGUCCAACCUGGGCCAUGGUAACUCAGCGUAUUGCCCCUGGUCCAACCUGGACCAUGGUAACUCAGCGUACUGCCCCUGGUCCAACCUGGGCCAUGGUAACUCAGUGUAUUGCCCCUGGUCCAACCUGGGCCAUGGUAACUCAGCGUAUUGCCCCUGGUCCAACCUGGGCCAUGGUAACUCAGCGUACUGCCCCUGGUCCAACCUGGGCCAUGGUAACUCAGCGUAUUGCACUGGCCUGGUCAACCUGGGCCAUGGUAACACAGCUCAGCGUCUUACGAGUUGUUUUGUCGCAACUUUUGUGGGCACAGCAGGAAGUAGUAAAAUACCGCUUUACUACGUCCUGCUUUUUAUGCUAGUACCCCUUUUUGAAUGCGGUUUUUAAUAGGUCCUAAAAGGAAUACUGUCCAUGUACUUCAUUUUCACUCAUUCAACGUCA